AUGCCUUUUGGCGAUCCACCCGACUACGUGCACUUGAGGACCAACGAAAGUCAAAUGCAGCUCAUUACAAUGGGAGAACAACCUGAAACGCCCAGUGGUUCACCUUGUUUCAACGCUCCUUCCACGCGGGAAGAACCGGCAACAGUGGUAUUCAUCCCUGGCAAAGUGAGUCUUCAGAUUUCGCUUUCAAUUUUCAAUUAA